AUGUCUCGGGCGCAUGCAGAGGUCUUUGACCGUCCGACGGGAUGGAGGAGACAUUACUACCACCCCGUCACCCAGGUGUCGAUGCUGGGACUCGUGUGUUUCAUGUGCCCCGGUAUGUUCCUUGCGCUCACUGGUCUCGGUGGCGGAGGCCAAGUCAAUGGCACGGUCCAGGCCAACGCUAGCGCGAUUUUGUACUCGACUUUUGUGUUUUUUGGGUUGUUUUCUGGUUCUAUCAACAAUUUCCUUGGUCCUCGGCGGACGCUGAUGCUUGGAACUUGGGGCUACUCGUUGUACAUUGCUUCGUUCCUUGCUGUCAGCAUUCAUCCUGGGGCAGGUGCGAGUGCUUUCGUUGAAGCGGCCGGUGCCAUCCUUGGUAUCUGUGCAGCUUUGCUUUGGACCGCUCAGGGUUCUUUGAUGAUGGCGUACCCUACUGAGGCUCAGAAGGGCAUGUUCGUAUCUAUCAGUUGGUCCAUUAUGAGUCUUGGAGGGGUUCUGGGUUCUGCUGUAUCAUUUGGAACCAAUUUCAACAAUACGGCCAACAGUGUUAGCACUGGCACAUAUGUUAUCUUCCUAAUUGUGACCCUCAUCGGUGUAUUUCUCCCGCUGUUGAUGGCAAACCCAGACAAUAUGAUUCGUACGGACGGGACUCGCGUGAAUCAGGUCAGCCACACAUCUUGGAAGACGGAGCUGUUCAGCCUGUACGUGGCCCUGAAGACCGACCCUUGGAUUAUCCUCCUCUUCCCGAUGUUCCUCGCCAGUAAUUUCUGCUAUGCCUGGGAAUACAAUGAUUACAACGGCGCAAUAUUUACCAUUCGUGCACGGAGCCUCAACAACGUCAUGUCCUGGACAGCGCAGAUCUUCGGAUCCGUCUUGAUAGGUUACUUUAUCCUUGACCAGAAGACGGUCCGACGUAGAGUCCGUGCCUUUUACGGUUGGACCCUUGUAUUCUUCAUGGUUUUCGUUGCCCAUGUCUGGGCGUAUUUCUACCAGAAGACAUAUAUUCGCGCUGAAACGGGCGCGAAGGAUGCUUACAAGAUCGACAUCAUGGACGAAAAUUACGUUCCCCAUGUCUGGCUUAUGAUAUUCCAUGGCUUCCUUGAUUCAAUGUGGCAGACGUAUGCAUACUGGCUGAUGGGCGCGAUGUCGAACGACCCUGCUAAGCUGGCCGUGUUCACUGGCUUCUACAAGUCCUUGCAAUCGGCGGGUGCAGCAGGCAUUUACCGUGCCGAUGCCGUUGGAAUCUCAUACAUGAACAUCUUCCUGUCGACCUGGUGCCUGAUGGUCGCUGGCAUGGUCUUCUCUGCACCCAUGGUGUACCUUCGCGUCACCGACCACACGGACGAGGAUAAGACUCUGAUGGAGGUCGAGCCCCCAGCAGCUGCAACACCUGAGAAGGCAUAA